AUGGAGGAGCUCACGGCGUUCGUCUCCAAGUCGUUUGACCCCAAGGCGAAGGAGAAGAAGGAGCUGAUCACCUACCGCGAGGUGCUGGAGAGCGGGCCCCUGCGCGGCGGCGGCGGCCCGCGGGAGCCCGGCGGCGCCGCGGCGGAGCCGGGCCGCGACGAGGCGGGCAGCCCCGCGGCGCGGGCGGGCGCCGGGCGCUCCCCGCCGCGAGAGCCCGACGCCGCCGCCGACGGAGCCGCCGGCGCGGCCACCCCCAAGCUCAGCGACGCGUCCCCAGAGCUGAAGGAGCGCAAGGAGGAUGCGAAAGCGAUGGAGGACGAAGGGCAGACGAAAAUCAAGCAGAGGCGGAGCCGGACGAAUUUCACCCUGGAGCAGCUCAACGAGCUGGAGCGGCUCUUCGACGAGACCCACUACCCGGACGCCUUCAUGCGGGAGGAGCUGAGCCAGCGGCUGGGCCUCUCCGAGGCGCGGGUGCAGGUUUGGUUUCAGAACAGACGGGCCAAAUGCCGCAAACAGGAGAACCAGCUCCACAAAGGGGUGCUCAUCGGAGCGGCGAGCCAGUUCGAGGCGUGCCGGGUGGCACCGUACGUGAACGUGGGCGCGCUGCGGAUGCCCUUCCAGCAGGUGCAGGCGCAGCUGCAGCUCGACAGCGCGGUGGCCCACGCGCACCACCACCUGCACCCGCACCUGGCCGCCCACGCGCCCUACAUGAUGUUCCCCGCGCCGCCCUUCGGGCUGCCGCUGGCCACGCUGGCCGCCGAGUCCGCCUCGGCCGCCUCCGUGGUGGCCGCCGCCGCCGCCGCCAAGACCACGAGCAAGAACUCGAGCAUCGCGGACCUGCGCCUCAAGGCCAAGAAACACGCGGCCGCCCUGGGGCUGUGA